UAAUAAUUUAAAUAACUAUGAGAUGACAACAAGAGAUGGAAAUGUAGCCAAUGAUAAAACAAACAAUAAAUCAGUGAAUAAACAGGAAAACCGGGACCAAUGGGGCGGACAAACUGAGUUUCUGUUGGCCUGUUUGGGAAAUGCCGUCGGAUUGGGAAAUUGUUGGAGAUUUCCAUAUUUUUGUUACAAAAACGGUGGGGGUGCAUUUCUCAUACCAUAUAUAAUUUGCUCAUUUAUCAUUGGAUUACCACUUUUCCUAAUUGAGCUCAGUUUAGGUCAAUAUUCAUCAAUGGGUCCAGCUCAUUUAUAUGCCAAUUUGUCACCUCUUUUUAAAGGUUUGGGUAUGACAUCAAUAAUAAGCUCAACUAUUGUAGCCGUUUAUUACAAUCUGAUAAUCUCGUGGACGCUCUUCUAUUUUGUCGGAUCUUUCUUUGGCCAGAAUUGGCAACAUUGCGGACAUGACUUCAAUUCAGAGAAUUGUAAGACAAUUAAUGAUAAAAACAAUUUCACCAAUCAUUCCGUCUCAUCAACCGAAGAGUACUUCAAUAAUUUUGUUUUAAUCAAAUCUGAUGGCUUGGAAGUAAUGGAUAAAAUGAAUUGGCGUUUAGUGGGCGCACUGUUAGUCUCUUGGAUUAUAGUAGUGGCAGCUCUUAUCAAAGGAAUUAAAUCUUCCGGAAAAGUAGUUUAUUUUACGGCAACCUUUCCGUAUGUUAUUCUUGUAAUAUUGUUUAUAAGAGGCAUAACUCUUGACGGAGCUAUUGAUGGUUUACGUUAUUUUGUUACUCCCGAUUGGACGCGAGUUAAAGAUCCGGUAGUUUGGAGGGAUGCGGCUGUUCAAGUGUUUUAUAGUUUUGGUAUCGGAGGCGGAGGAAUGAUUACAUACGCCUCUUAUAAUAGAUUUAACGAUCCUGUGGUAAGACAUUCACUUUUGGUUGGAAUCGGAGAUUUUUUGACAUCAAUAUUUUGUGGAUCAGUUGUUUUUGCAAUGAUUGGAUAUAUGGCACAUACAUUGAAUAAACCGGUCGAUGAUAUUGUCCAAAGCGGCACAGGUUUAGCAUUUAUAGUAAUACCCGAAGGAUUGUCUCAAAUGCCACUAUCAAUGGUCUGGUCGAUGAUGUUCUUUGCGAUGUUAUUUCUUUUAGGCAUUGAUUCCCAGUUUGCAAUGGUUGAGACGGUCACAACUUAUAUAUUUGAUUUAAUGAGAAAUUCCAAACAAAAGUUAAAUAAGCCGUUAAUAGUUAGCAUUUCUGGUGUCUUAUGGUUUAUAUGUGGUCUUCCUUUUUGCACAAAUGCUGGCAUUUAUUUGUUGACUUUGAUGGACACAUACGCUGCCGGUAUUCCUUGUCUUGUUGUCGGACUUUUAGAAAUAUUUAUUGUUACCUAUAUUUAUGGAAUAUCUAAUUUCUUCGCCGAUUUACGAUAUAUGACGGGUUGGAAGCCAUCGACGUUAAUGAGAUCUCACAUCGUUGUUAUGAUCAGCACCGGUGCCCCUAUUGUUAUCUCAAUAAUUUUAUUCAAAGACGUUUAUAGUCUGCUAUUUGAUACGGAAACCAUCACUUAUGGCAAAUAUGUCUAUCCUUCUUGGGCUCAAUGGUUGGGUUGGGGUGUUGUCAUCAUAUCAUUAGUAUCCAUACCGUUUGGUGCAGUACUACAUAUCAUUAAUGUAUUUUUAUCUAAAGAUAUAAAACACAAUUUAAAGAUCUGUUUGAGACCAACAAAACUUUGGCGACAAAAUGCAGAAAUACAUUCUGCACUUACCGUCAACUAUAACGUCCACAACAAACCAAAUGACUAUUAUGUCAAUAGCAGUGCUCCCACUCUUAACAUCAGAUCAGAAAUCGGAGUCAUUAAUCCCGCAUUUAUUUCAUAA